AUGGAAUUAAAGCUUCAUAGUCCGGCAGGAGCCGAAGCUGUCAGUUACACGUGGCCUCUGUCGAAUUCGGAUGGGAAAGAAGGAGCUAAUGAAAUCAUUGAAACCAUAAGAUGGGUGUCGGAAGAUAUCCCGGAGCUGGAGACGGCAUUGGAUAACAAUAUCUUACAGGACUAUGAUGUCAAGAGCUAUGAAAGUAUGAAACAACUGUGUGACAAGUAUAACAGGACCAUUGACAGCAUCCUCCAGUUGUGGAAAGGGACAUCACGUCCACAGAAAAUUAAGGAGCGUCCAUCGACUGGCUUGCUUAAGCAUAUUCUCCAACAGUGUUACGACCAUGCUGUCAAAGAUCCAGAAAGACUCAACCAGUACGAGCCCUUCUCCCCUGAGGUUUAUGGAGAAACAUCAUUUGAUCUGGUGGACCAAAUGAUAAAAUCCAUCAACUUCUCAGAAACUGACUACUUCAUAGACCUUGGGAGUGGAGUUGGCCAAGUUGUCCUACAGGUGGCAGCAGCAACAUCCUGUAAAAUGUGCUACGGUAUUGAAAAAGCAGAAUAUCCAGCUAAAUAUGCUGAGGAUAUGGAAACACAGUUCAAGCGAUGGAUGAAAUGGUAUGGAAAAAAGAACAGCAAUUACCAACUAGACAAAGGUGACUUCUUGUGUGAUGAAAUGGUUGAAAAAAUAAACAAUGCCACUGUGAUAUUUGUGAACAACUUUGCAUUUGGACCUCAGGUAGACCAUCAGUUAAAACUACGAUUUGCCAAUAUGAAAGAAGGAGCCAAAAUUGUAUCUUCCAAGGCCUUCUGUCCACUAAACUUCCGUAUCACUGACAGAAAUCUCAGCGAUAUCGGAGCAAUAAUGCAUAUCACAGAGUUGUCCCCUUUACGCGGUGCAGUCUCUUGGACAGGAAAACCAGUCACAUAUUUCCUACAUACAAUAGAUCGGGCUAUGUUGGAGAAAUACUUCCUUCGAAUGAAAAAUCCAAAACUGAAAGAUGAAGAAGAUGUACGUAGGGAUCGCAGAGGGAGGCCAAUCCAUCUACGCGAGAAACAUACCUGUUGUGCUGGUCAUGGAGACUCCAAGCCUCAUGAAGAGCUGAAAAAUGGUGCUUUGAAGAAAAAGAUUCGAGCUUUAGAGAUCAACAAGAAUGAAAUACCAGCUCUGAACGUUAUCAAGGACCACUCGUAUCAGGCCGCUCGUAACCUUGACUUUGACAGUGCCAGUAAUGCAAGCACUGGAACAAGUGUGAGUGGCACGACAGAGGAAAUAUCUCAGGUUCUCGGUGGCCCCACAACUCGGCGACAGUGGUCUGAGUGUCUCAACAAACCAGCUCCGGAAAUAGUUUCACCCGAACACCCUCCCAGCUUCCGGGAAGAAAGUGAUGAGAAUGCUGUGGUGGUUGACAUACCGAAGAAAGUGACAAGGACAAGAGCAGCGAAGACUGCAUCUAAGCGUUUGAGGAAUGGACAGUUGAGGAAAGAACCUCGCACAGUUGGUGAAGCAAGCAGUACCCCUCCAGUAACAGGGAGAAAGAAAUCUAGUCUGGGAAGCCGGACAAGAGCCAACAAAAACAAGGAAAAGGAGAAAGUUCUCGGACUGGACAGCCUCAAUCUGCUACACACGCACACACUCAUGUCGACAGCUGCAUCACCAGAGAGCAAUGAUAAGUGGAAUGACCGAAGUAUGGUCUCCAUGUCAAAUGCAUUCUUCAAGCCAAGCACUCAGGCCCAGACUGUUUCCUCGCUAGAGACUGAACCGGCCCUUCAACGUCUGCUGGAUAUGUUUAGACACCAGUACAACAAGUUCUUGGCAUUCAUGCAGACACCAGACUACAAGUCCAACCUGUUACUUCAGAUUGACCAAGAAAGGGAAAAGCAGUCCUGUUUAAAGUCAAGAGUGGCGUAUCUAGAAAAGCAGAUUUAUGGCUUACAGAAGGACAGUGUUGGACAGUUGAAGGCUAGGAUGAGUGAAAUUGACUUUGUUUCCCAGCUUGGCAUUGAUACAGAUUGUCCCUCUGAUUUCCUCACCAAGGCUAAGUCAAUAGUCCAGGAACACAAGGAACUGGAGGGUCAGAUGGGAACACUGAAAGGCCAGGUUGCAUCAUUGGAAGCAGAACAACGUAAACUGGUGGAAAUUCAACAGCAAGUUCUGCUGGAAAAGACUGGAGGGAUAAAUGGCAAGAAAAAUGGAUUCCACAAACCAACAGCUCAAGAGAACAUAUUGAAGGAAAUCAACGUCUCCUCUUCUCAAAAGAAGAAUAUGAUUCACAAAGUCCAGGAGCUGGAAGUGAACUUAAAUGAUGUACAACAGCAUAAGCUGGCUAGAGAGGAAGAUGACAUUAAAGGUGAUGACAGCCCAUCUCAGGACUCUGGCAUCAGCCUUACACCAACCGUUCCACCUCCCCAGUCACCCGACGAGGCAGCUACUACUGAUCAUUUGUCAGGGAAAACUUUAGGCUCAUAUUUUCAAUCUACAGCUGACAAAUCUCAGGACCAAACCAGCGUUUCAUCAGUGGACACCAAGCAAACAAAGAUUGUUACUGGUGCUAAAGGUGGCGUCCGAUUGAUGUCAUCAUGUAACAAUCAUCUCGAUCACAAACCUAGUGUGAAAGACUCAGGUACUAUAGGAGUUAGUGCUAGUUCUCAUGAAAACCAUUCCAGUGUAAAAUCAUCGUCAUAUAUGUCAUCAUCAUCAUCAUUAUUGUCGUCACCAUCAUGUAAAUCCAGUGAUGGGUAUAAUCCUGGAGCCCUCUCUAUAAGAAUCCUUCUGGAAGCUAGUGGGGAACAGGCACGCCAACGAAACAGGGGCGAGAUAGCUUCAAGAUUGGCUGGUUAUAAGUCAGGUGUGGUGAAAGACUUGAAUCAUGACUCAACUGUAAAGUUAGAGAGUGGGCGGGCAAAGAAAGAGUCAAAGUCUGGUCAUGUGAUUGACCCAACAGCUCACAUAUCCCAGUCUUCACUACCAGCAAAUAGUAGUCAGGGUAAUGUGUUAGUGACACACAAUAAAAAAGUCAAAUUACCAAAUGGGGUCAAAGCGUCUGCUAAAGGUGUAGCUCUAGAGUCAAACCGACCCACUCUUCCAGUCAGCAUACCACUUGACCAGCAACAGAAGGAGCAGCUACGACAGAAAAUCCUCAAUCGAACUGGACCAAGCAAACAUGAGACUGGUGAUGUUGCAAGUCAGUUGUCAAAGCAGUUGAGCAAAUCGGAUCACGAUGCUGGGUUUUAUUCCCCCAUCAGUCGACCCAGUAGCCGUGGUAGCACUACAGAGUCAGCUGACGAGCCUGGAUGCGACAUAACCACAUCACACUCAUACAGUCCUGCCACAGCUUCAAACAGUCCCCGAGGCCCUGGGUACAGCUCAUCCAGACACAGGGCUGAUUUAAAAAACAAGUCAUCAGGUCACAUGUCUGUAAUUAAUACGUUUGUAGAUAACACAGCCAGCCAAGCCAAGUCAAACAGUUCACCACAUGGAAAAAGUUCUAGGGUACACACAGAUCAACAGAAAUUCAACCUAGCAGAGGCUUUGCUUCAAAUGUCAGAGGUUAGAAAUGUUAACAAACCAGUGUCCCCUCGACAGCCUUCCACAACCCAAAGUAUGCCGUCAAAAGGUGUGGACAGUUCUAAAUCGCCCAAAAUGAGGUACAGCCUUGAGAGCUACCAGGCUGCUGACAGAAAACGACUGAAACGAAAGAAGGUAGAAGUCCUUGAAAAUGAGAGUAAAAAGAUGGCCUUGUCCUCUAAUGUUGGAAACUUCACCUCUUCUCAUGGAGUAUUAGAUGGCAUGUUGGGUCACACCUCAGGGAUGAGUUCAUUCUCAUCUCCUGAUUCUGGAAAAUCAACUCCACUUGUGCAGAGCCCAUUGUUUCCAACGGCCAGACCAAAACACAAAAGUCAUUUCAACCUCCAAAAUGCCAGUGCUAAAGAUUCGCCAAGCAAGAACUGGCAAGCUCAGAUCAGCAGUGGUUUUGAUGCCCUCGUUGCUCUGGCUUCCUCGGAACUAGAUAAAAAUCGUGAAAUUCGUAGAAAAAGUUUAGAAGGGCAAAGUCCUAGUCCAAGAAAAACUCAAAUGGUAUCAUCCAAGCAACAUGUGUCUCUACGAGACUCAAUGAGGAGAGAUGCUGAUAAAAGACGGGGUCCUAAAACUCCGCCUGGUUCUCCCCCUCGAACUAAACGAGGUCCAAGAACUCCCCCAGGAUCUCCACACACACAGAAAACAGGGAUCAAUGGUCGCAGAAAUAAUAGUUACAGUUCAAGUCGAAGCCGAAGUUGUAGUCUUUCCAGAACUUCUAGUCACACACGGAGCAGCAGGAGCAGCUCCCGCAGUAGUAGUUACUCCAGUAGUCGGAGCAGGAGUCGAUCUCGGAGCUCAUCCUCCAGCCGGAGUUCCGGUAGUGGGCGCCACAGGAACACUAAAGUUAAUGUGAAGAAGGCUAGUGAAACCAUAAAUAAACCAGUGGUAUCUCGUACAGUGAUGAACUCCAGUAUGAAACCAGUAACCCAGCAAUACUCAGGAAACAAUAGUACAAAUAUGCCAAAGCAGCCUGCAUCUCUAGCUAGCAAUGCUGUAACUGGCACAGUGAUGAACAGUACUAAUUAUUGUGUUUUAAACAAUGGUACCUCCUUUGGGGGAGGGAUGAUGUUGAUGACAAACAAUCAGCUUCACACUGGUACCACCACAACUGGUAUUCCACAGCAACCAAUGACCAAUCAAAUGCCAAUAAUUCCUUCAUCCAUACCUAGUAAUUUAGUCGUGUUGUCAUUCACCCCUCAGAACAAUGGCAUGAAUAAUCAGAUAAUUGGAGGUCCUACAUCCACCCUUCAGACUAGUACCAUGAACCAACAACCUGUUCCCCAGGCUCAGAUGCCUAAUUUGUCUGAACAGUUAAAGCAAUGUGCUAAACAGCCCCCUCCACCCCCACCCAACAACGACAAUACUCAGAAGGGAUUGACCUUACAGCCAGCAACACAAAAUAUUCACUACACAAAUGCUGGACCAGUGUUUGUUUCCACUGCUCCAAACUUCAGUUUGCCUGAUCUCAGUAGACCACCCCCUAACAUGGCUCUGAAGCCACCCAACUCGAGUCUUCCAGGUGGUGGGGGAGGAACUGUAGUGACUAAUCCAACAGGUCAACUACAGAUGUGUGCUGGUGGGGCAGGACAACCUGCCACACCAGUCUUCACCAUUAACCACCGUCCACCUUCCAUCACCCCCACCCCAAUUAGGCCACGAUCUGAUCUACCUCCUAGGCCAAUGACCACAUUCAAUGAAAGGCCUUUCACACCAGGUAAUGUUGGCAAUAUACCUGAUUUUACUCGGCCUCCAGUGAACUUACAGCCAAGACUGCCCUCACCUGCUAAAGUUCCACACCCACAGCAGGGACCUAGGCCACAACAGAACCAACCUGCCAAUUUCCGCGGGCCCAUACAAAUCCGUCCAGCCAUAUCUAACCAAACUGGUCCUAGGUUAGAUGCCUCGGCCACAAGGUUCCAAGGCUAUACCGCUCUACAGCCAACCCAACAGGCUAACAACAUAAGAUUGGGACUGUUUGCUAACCAGGGCGGACCGAGGCAGCAGUUUACUGGAGGAGGACAGCAAAAUUGGCAGAUGUGACCAAAAGAAUGGAAUACUUGUGGCCUUGACUCUGUUUGUGAUGACCUUUACCUGGCCAAAGGUCAGCAUUAUUGGAAGGACUGAAAAUGGCAAAGUUUAAGGGAGAUCAUCUUACGCACAACUUGCUACAUAUAUUUCAAUUUUAUUUCCACUACUGAUCUCAUGGACAAACACAGACACUUCAGCAGUGUUUUCCAAAUUCAUGUUAAAUUAACCGUUGGUUGUUACCAAGUUUAUGCUGCUGACAAAGGUUUGAUGAGCACUCUUAUAGCAGUUUAUCAUCAAAGCUAUAGACUACAUUUGGCUUAACUGCCCUC